AUGUCUGAAUCAGACACCGUCACCGUCAACAGAACACAAUAUCCUUUCCAAACAGCGCGGUCGACAGCAGCGGACCACCCUGCCUUGCUCUCUGCCCUCCUCGCCUCCGAUGCCUUCGACGAGAUAUCUGACGCCGAUAAUUUCUCAGCGGUGGAGACUUAUAUGGCAUCGCACGGCCGAGUGAAUGAAGCCGGGCAAAUAACCGCUGGGUUUGCGUUUUGGCUGUAUCCGACUGGGAAGAAUGGCCCAUUCCACUUGGCAGAGGAUGGCACUGUCAAGAAGCAUGGCACGCUCAUUACUGUAGAGCGAGGCGCGACCAUGCGAGAUGCGAUGGAGAGGGUGAGAGCAUCGGUCAACCAAGACGAAGUUACACACGAGCACAUUGCGGCUUCACAAUAA